UCCUCCUCAUCCUUCUCUUCCAAGCAGCGAGCGAGGCAGGUUGCCGAAGCGAAGCGAUCUAGGUUGACGCUAGCUGCCCUACUGAGCUACAAGUCUGCAAUCGUCUCUUGUUGUUUAACUAUAAGAGAUGGAAAAUGAUUCUCUCGCAUCCCUGGAUAUUCUUAGAGAUGUGUAUCGCAUGGCGAAUUUUUUCAUGAAGCAACUACGGACCCCGGAAAGAGAAUCGGUGGAAGCCAUCCAGGCGACGAUCUUUCGAGUUCCUGAUAACAUCCGCAGAACCAAUGCCGAUUCUUUUGAACCAAAGAUGGUCUCUCUCGGCCCCUACCACCAUGGAAAGCAACGCUUUCGAGCAACGGAUGGAAGGAUCAAAUUGCCCAAUGCCACCAACUUUUUCAAGCGCACCAUCCGCAUGGACAUGGAAAUAGUGGAGCGCACUGUCGAGCGAUUCAAGGAGUGGGAGCCGCAUUUACGGUGUGUCUAUUCGGAGCAGAUCAACAUGACCAGCAAUGAGUUCGUGGCGAUGAUGAUGCUCGACUGCACUUUCGUGGCCGAGUUUCUACGGGAGCAAGCCGCGAAGUGGUAUGGAAAUGGAACACAGGAGAAAGACUACUUGUGGAAGUGGGCAGCUCCAUCGAUUGUCCACGAUAUGUUGGUUGCCGAAAACCAGUUCCCUCUUGGUCCCCUUCUUUAUCUCUUCAAUCAGUGCACGGAUGAUUCGCUUCACCAUCCUCCCCUAACGGAAUUCCUCUGUCAUGAUCUCAUGCUGCAAAUUCACCGAAACCUCUCUUCACCCUCCACCUUGGCCUCGACCUCGAACGUUAGUAGCUUUAAAGCAAAUUCUCAUUUGCUCCAUCUUUUUCAUGGAUGGCUUGUUAGCCAGCUGCAAAGAAAGGAGAAACAUCUGGACACCGUCGACUUACCUUCCUUCCCGAGUGCUGAGGUGCUCGAAGCAAUGAGAAUACAAUUUACAAAUAAGACCGAUGGCAGUAGCUUCUUGGACAUCACUUUUGACGAAAGCAAGAGAUCCAUGGAGAUUCCUCAACUCGAUCAUCAACGAUGACAACAUCUCCCUCCUCCGGAACCUCAUCACUUUCGAGCAGCAAUGCGAUGAGGUCGACAACUACAUCUCCGCGUAUGUUUGGUUCAUGGACUGCUUGAUAAACACUGACAAGGACGUGGCGGUGCUCCGGAAACAUAAGAUUGUGAGCAAAUAAUCCGGAUAAAUUCAAAUAAAUCGGACAUGAUAAGUUUUAGUUAUAACGUUUCGUUUAAUAUUUUUGAUAACUUAGCCUUUCCUAGUUUAUAGCUUACGUGGCAUUAUUUCUAUGGUUUAAGUGAUGUAAGAUCUUAUCACUUGUGGUGUAUAUAUACAACACAAAUGUGAAUGGAAACAGCAGCACGGCAAGAUUAA